AUGUCGCGGCAAGAACACGGCGGCCAGUCUUCGGGCUGGCAGCCGCCACGCGGCGGGAGCAGUAGCAGCAUUGACUCCAACGUCGGCGGCAUGGCUGGGCCCGGCAGCCGCAUGUCCUCAAUGGGCGGCGCCAGCACGGCAAGCACGAGCAUGACGUCGCCGUACGACCCGCCUAUGCCGUCCGAGCAGUACGUCCAGCAGCAGCAGGGCGGCCCGCAGUUCGGCAACUACCAGCCCAUGAUGCCGCCGCCGGGCCAGCCCAGUGCCGGCGCCGCAUCCAAGUGGCCUGGCACGCUGAGUCCGUCGAGUGGAGGCCCAGGCGCCGGCGCCUACGCCACCACUCCUGGCCAGUCGGCGCCCCGGCCCGGCGGGUACUUCCCUGGCGCGCCCGACUACGGCCAGAACGGCCAGGCGUCGCGCUCGCAGGCACCGCCGCAGGCCGGACCACAGCCGGACGGCUCCUUCAACAACUUUCCCGGCGGCUACGGCCAAGGCCCGCCGCGGCCACCUCAGCCGCUGCCGCCGCACCAGCAGCAGCAGCAGUUCGCGCCACCACCACAGGGUGCAGGUCCAGGCUACGCGCCGCCGCAAGACGGUCAGUGGGGACGGGGCCCAUCUGUCCUCGCACCGUACGGCGGUCCGGGCCAGGCACCUCCGCAGCAGCUGGCACCGUCGUACGCGCAGCAGCGCGCCGAGCCGACGGAGCAGCAGCGUGCCGAGGGCUACGCGCAGCACCUGGCACAGAAGCAGCGCCAGAUGCGCAUGCUGGCGCAGCAGCAGCAGCACCUGCAGCACCAGCAGCAGCUGCAGAUGCAGCAGCAACAGCAGCAGAUGGCACAGAAGGGCGACGACGACGAUGGCGAUGACGGCGGCGAGGAUGGCGAUGAGGAGGACGGUGCGCGCAAGGGUCGCGGUGCGGCGCAGAAGGGCACGAGCGACUUUGUCAAGAAGCUCUUCAAGAUGCUCAGCGACACGUCGUACUCCUCCAUCGUCUCCUGGUCUGCCAGCGGCGAGAGUUUCGUCGUCAAGACCAUGAACGACUUCACCAAGCACGUCCUGCCCCGUCACUUCCGGCACUCGAACUUUGCCAGCUUCGUGCGCCAGCUGAACAAGUACGACUUCCACAAGGUGAAGAACCCCGAGGAGCAGGCGCAGGGCGCCGACCAGGCAUGGGAGUUCAAGCACCCCGAGUUCCUGCGCGGGCGGGAAGACCUGCUGGAGAAUGUCAAGCGCAAGAUGCCGACCGGCAAGAAGGUCACCAAGGACCGCUCGGACAGCCCAACGAUGCCGAGCGCGGCCGACGCGGCCGACAAGGGCGCUGCUGGCUACGGCGAGCUGAAGAACCAGGUCGCGGCGCUCACCGCGUCGCAGGACCAGAUGUCGUCGCACAUCAACAACCUCACCAAGCAGUACCAGGGCGUCAUCGGCGAGAUGCUCACGUUCCAGCGCAACAUGGUGCAGCAGGACCAGCUCAUGCAGCAGCUCAUCCAGUAUCUCAUGCAAGAGUCGCGCAAGCCGGCGAUUGGCGACGGCAACACGCCCGGCGGCUCGUCGAUGCAAGGCCUGCUCGACACGGGCGCGUCAGACAGCCCCUUCGUGGCGCCCGAGACGGCACAGUCGCUCAUCGGCAACUACUCGACGCUGGCGCGCGACUCGUUCGCCACCAUGAGCCAGGUGUCGGAGCGCAUGGCCGCUGCUCAGAGCGGCCGCGACCAGAUGCAGGGCCGUGCGGGCUCGUCGUCCGCCGGACCAUCGAUGAAUGGCGCUCCGAAUCACCGCGACUCAGAUGGAGGCCCGCCUUCGCCAAAGAGCUCUGGCUCGCCGGCGAGCGACUACGCGCCGAACGGCAAGGGCAAGGCAAGCACGGCGGGCGACCGCAUGUACUUCCACCCGCCGCACCUCAACGCCGAGGACGCGAGCGCCGGCGACGUGUUCAGCUCGGCGCUGCAGGCGCCGGGCAGCCAGGCCCUCGAGCAUGCCGGCCUGCGCGUCUACACGGUCGGCACGCUGCAGCCACGCAGCGACUUUGGCACGCUGCCGUCUGACGGCUCGGGCAGCCCAGGCGAUGCGGUUGCCUCUGCUCUCAACGGUCGCGCGCCAAGCGUGGGUGCAGGCACCGAGUCGCGGCCAUUCGGCAUCAACGUGCCGUCGCUCGAGGAGCUGCCGGCGGACAUGCCGCGCGUCGACCGGCGCUUCUCCACCGCGGCUGUGACGCCGCUGCCCGGUGCCGGCCCUCAGACGCAGGCGAAUGUCUCCGACGGCCUCGCGACGCCGUCCGACGGCGGGCAGAACAUGCUGCGCAUCCGGCGCUCGACGUACGUGCCCGGCUGGGCCGUGCCGCCGCGCGUGCUCGUCGUCGACGACAACGACGUGUGCCGCAAGAUGAGCAGCAAGUUCCUGCAGGUCUUCGGCUGCGCCAUCGACGUGGCGGUGGACGGUGUCAAUGCCGUCAACAAGAUGAACCUCGAGAAGUAUGACCUCGUCCUCAUGGACAUCGUCAUGCCAAACCUCGACGGCGUCUCGGCAACGUCGCUAAUCCGCGAGUUCGACCCGCGCACGCCCAUCAUCUCGAUGACGAGCAACAGCGGGCCCAAGGAGCUGCUCAACUACAUGAGCUCCGGCAUGAACGACAUUCUGCCCAAGCCCUUCACCAAGGAGGGCCUGCUCAACAUGCUCGAGAAGCACCUCAUCCACCUCAAGACGGUGCAGAAGAUGGACGAGAUCCCGAAGUCGUUUGGCCUGCCGCCGCUCAGCGACGAUGCGCUGCAGUCCGUCCUCUCGGCCACGGCGGCCAGCGCUGCACACCUGCAGAACGGAGCGCCGUCGCCGCGAGGCCUCGGCAGCAUGCUCGGCAACUCCGCAGCUGGCGCCUCGCCUUUCGCGGCGAUGAUGGGCAACGGCCCGGCACGCUUCACCAACGCCGACUCGCCUGAGGAGAAGAACAGCGACGACGACGAGGGUGUCGACAACCCGCUUGCCGGCAUGGGCUUCAGCGACGACGAGUACAUCUCGAUGCUGCAGAACCUCAUCGCCGCCGGCUCCGUCUCGGACAGCCAACGCGGCGAGAUGUCGGACAGCGUGGCGUCGGCGCUGGGCGUGGCUCGCGGCGAAGGUGCCGGCGGAGGCACGCGCUCCAAGGAGAGCACGCCCGUCAACCUCGGCGUGCGCAAGCGCUCCGCCGAGCCGUCGGACGCCUCGGACGCCCACAAGCGCUCGCGCGUCGCUGGCCUGCAAGGCUAG